UUGUUGUCAUUCACGAUCGUUUCUAGGUUCUGUUCAUUUCUGUGAAAAACGUACUUGCCGCUUUGUUGCUUCUGUUAAAACUUUGGUUUUGUAUUUUAUAACUCAUGUUUUCUAUAUGAUAUAUUAUUUUAUCAUGACUCGAAACCUUUUAUUGUUCUACUUAAUAUGUCUCUCAACUUUCACAAUCGUGUCUGUGUCUUCUGAAUGUUCUAUUCCCAUGGUAUUGAGGAAUACAUGGUUCUCAAUGGAAGAUGGUAGACAGACCAUAACCGAAAUCAAUGCAAGUGAAAUGGAAGGAAGGGGUACCUGUGUUAAUAUAAAGGCGGACUUUCGCGUCAAUUAUACGAUGGUGUUUAAAUACUCGAAAUGUUACUACUGUGUGAAGCUGAUAGUGCGAACAGUGAAUGUUGUGGAGAAGAUAGAGACCCCCUGUGUUGAUUUGGCACCUGAUGAAGAGCCCACAGUUGAGAGAGUGUGUAGGGGCCUCAACCCAGACCAGAACCUUGUUACAUUUUUCUCUGAAAAGUUUGUACCUGUUAAUUGCCGUUCGUCAUUAGAAGGCGUAUGGCAGUUUGCAUACCAGAAUAGGUUCCGUUUUACUGGAGAGUGCAAUCAUCCAGACGCACAAAUACGGUCAUGUCAGACUGCUGGUACACAGUUCUUGAUCACCAACCAGAAGUUCAAUAUCACUUACAGGAAGUGUGCAGGAAUGUCCAACACGUUUGAUGGUGUUGUCGAGUUUAAUUGUUUAGGUCAUUGGUUUGUUGACAAAAACCACUUCUUUGCUGUUGCAAACACAAAGGAAUCACGUAAAGAUGAGAAAUACCGUUGCUUCUUGAAAAACAGAGAUGAUGACUUAUACAUUGGGGCAUCUAUCACAGCAGAGUGCAAUACUUUGAAGACGGUAGAAAAGUCUCCAGAAAGAUACAGAGUCACACCUGUUAAGGCAGAAGUAGUUGAGCCUGGUUGUAGGUUACCACAAAACUUCUCUGGAGAUUGGAUUAAUACUGCCAACAUUGACGCAGAUGUAUUUAUCAAUGAAACGCACAUUAUCGAAACAUACUAUCCAGAUGAGGGUAGAUUUAGAAGGACUAUUUAUGUGUGCAGGGAGCAACGUGAUUCUAGGGUAAUGAUGGCGCGUUUAACAGUUGAUGGAUGUCAAAAAGAUUACAUUUGCUUCGACUUUGUGCCGCGUCACCAUAAUGUUAUAAGAUACCGUAAAGGCCUAGCUAUGAUUCAAAGCAACUUCCACACAGUUUGUUCUUGGGUGCAGUUUCCUAACAAGCAGAAAUGGCGGUAUGACAUUUUCCUAAAGAAGGACCCGACGCCCAUCCGCUGUCCUGUAGCCGGCAAAUUCAACUUCACACAAAAAGGAGAUGUCAUGUUUGAAACGAGAAUACUUGGAGGUGUAACGUUAAGCCCUAGGCCAAACUUGUACUGCAAAUUGAAUUUAAGUGACUUUUCAGUGUGCGAUAUUGAUCAAAAAACAAUCCAGAUUAAGGAGAAUUACUGUUUGUCUGUAGAUUAUUUGGGCCGACCUGUCGAUAUUUACAGUGAUCCCGAUUACAGAAUGAAAUGUAUAGGAUUUUGGAAAGAGAAUCUAAAAUCGUACAUGAUUACUUAUGACGAGUUGGAUCCUUUCUCAAAAUAUAGGUGUUGGGUGUAUCAGAGGGCGGAUCUCAACAGAGUGCUGAUGUCCCAAGCCUUGGGUCCUUACUGUGACUUGAAUCAGGAUGUAACGUCAUGGAACUACACAGAGGGCGCCGCUGUCGCCUUAGAAAUGGAGGAAUAUGAGAGGGAACGCGACCGUUGCCCCAUGCAUUUUGACGACGGCAGUGAUCCAUGGAACACAAAGGAAAAUUUCAUCAAAAUUCUAACAUAUUCCUACUGGGGUUAUAAUGGUGCAUCGUUGUUUGGUCUCAGUGCAGCUACAUUGUUAAUGGCAGCUUUAACUUGUCUAUUGCACUAAGAGUUAUAUUAAAAUUACUAGACUGAUAUAAUUAUGUGUAAUGUGAAAUAACAGUGCUAUGUACAAUUUUUUCAAUAUCUGUAUCAGUUUGUUCUAUGAAGAUAUAGUGUGGAACAAUAUUGUUUAGACUUGUAAAAACUUGGUUGAUAUUAAUACUAUAUAGUUUUUAUUUAGUAUUUACCUUGAAUUAUGUGCAUAACAUCUUUAACAUUAUAAACUAUAGUGUAAAAUAUGUAUACAAUUUAUAUUGUUGGUUGGAAAUGUGUGGAUCCUUCGCCAUAUUGGUCAAAUUAUCAUGAUUAAUGAUAGGGUUUAUAAGAUAGAAUUAUCUGUACCUAUAUUUUAUUCAAAUGAGUUGUGCCUUUAUACUUAUGUCUUAAAACAUAUUUCUCUUUAGACUCUACAGUCUCUUCUGAAGAUCUGAUUUAUUUUAUAACUUUUAUUAUACUGUCGUAAUGUACUUACAUAGAUUAGUUGUGAUUUCCGUCCAAAUAAUAACAGCGGUAUCAAUCGAUAUCUGGUACUGUUGUUUUGAUUUUCCAUAUAUAUUAUAAUUCUCUUUGGUUUUGAUACUCGACUUCUAAUUUGGCAGAAAUUAUCAAUUGUUUCAAAUUUUAAUAUUACAAUAAAGUAGAUAAGUAUCAAUACUCUAAAAUAUGCCUAUGUAUCAGAUAUCAAAAGAGUCCUUAUUAAAGGAGUUUGAUACUUUAAAUCGUAGUUUUAAGUAAUUCAAGUGCCUAAGAAUGUGCAGCAAAAUCAGUCGUAACUAGAUAAAAAAAUAAUACUUAUUAUUUAAACGUAAUUAUAUUGUUUACAAUGGUGCCAGUGCGCCGUUUCUUAAAUACAAUCGAUUAUUAUUGGUUUAUUUUACAUUUUGUAUGAACGGAUGAAAUCUAUGCAAACAUAUUUUGCGAGAUUCUAAUAUUUGAUAUUUUCUUAGCUAUGUUCUGUUUAAGUACUAGUUCUUUGCUAAAAUACCAAUUUUACUUAUGAUUUUUUUUUUAUUAAAGUCCAAUCAGAUUGAAUACAUUUUUUGUGUAUACAAUUUGAAAUAUUUAUUUGCACUCUGAUAAAUACACAUUGGAAUUGUUAUUUUUUAAAGUUGUAUCUUUUUUUCCAUUAUUUUAAUCCUCUUUUGUGAGGAUAUGAUAGUGUUAUCGUGACUGUAAUGUAGAAAGAAUAUUGAAUAGUAUAAUAUAGUUAGUUAUAGAUUGGACAUCAGGACCAUACUCCAAAAGUUAUUGCAAAUGGGUAAUAAGUGGUUGCCUUAUUGGAAAUGUCCAUACAAGAUGUCAAAGCAUUUUUAGAUAUUAAUUACAAAAAUUAUAAAUUAACAGAAAAUAUGCUAAUAUACUCAUUGAAAACUUGCAAAUCACGAUAUGGAAAAAAUACGAAGUAUUUAACAUUGGAGUUUUGUAAAUUGAGUACUUGUUACAUGAGCGCAACUUUUUGUAUGAUAAUCUUCCCAAUGUCCGCUCUAUACAAUCAUAGAAUUCUUUGAGUAAAAUAAAUAAAUUCUUUUUUAAUGAUAGACAUUAUUAAUGUAACUUAAAUCAUAAUAUAAAAUGACUAUCUCAUUAUUAUAAGUGUCCACAACCAUUUUUAUUAUUUUAUUAUGCUUUUUUAUAAUUUUAAAUUCUGUCAUUUGUUUUAAACAUUACAUUCCGAAUUACCCGUCCAAAUAUUAUAACAAUGUGUUGUGUCUAGACUCAAUAAAGCAAAUUUUAUACAAAACAA